AUGGAUGAAACCCUUUUGUGCCGUGAUGGUGCUUUUAGAGGUAAUCCAGGGCAGGCUGGUUAUGGAUUUAUUGUCAGAAAUCAUAUUGGUAACGUUGUGUAUGCUGAAUCAGAAUUUAUAUCCAGUAUAAGAGCUCUUGAAUGGGCUCUGGAAAAUCAGAAGUUUAAGAUCAUUAUGCAAACUGAUUCUAAGGCUUGUGCUACAACCUUAUUGAAUAAGAAUAUACCAUGGUUUUUGAUGGCUAGAUGGCAAAGAGUUUUAAGUGGACUGCACAGUAUUUCUAUCAGACAUGCUUACAGGGAAGCAAACUUUUCAGCUGAUCACUUUGCUAAAAAGGGUGUGCAUCUUCCAAAGGAUAUUAUUCAAAACUACAGAGAGAGGCCAUCUUCCCUUUCUCAAAUGGAAUUCCCAGAUAGGCCUUAUUAUAGAUUUGAGUAA